AUCGAGCAAGACAUGUAUCGGACGGCCAUUGGCAAGAGGUUCCCAAAUCGAGCAUCCCCAGUUGAAGGCAAUUGAAGCCACAGCCAUUCGUAUCGGGGAGGUCCGUCGGCCCUGGACCCAAAUAACACCCAACAACUAACCGCAAUGGAGGAUUUGUUGUGCGCACUGAGCACGACAUACCGUUGUUCAUGUUCUACUUUUUCGUUUCAGUAUCGUCCGUCAUGUUGUACAGCGUCAUGUAAGCCUGAGGCAUGUCGUAGCUUAGAUGCCGCUCUUCCUCCUGUCUGGGGCCGCCCUCCCGUUCGAAGCAGUUGCGUUGCGAUUUGAUUCUAUAUCGUGCUCCCCCUUCUCAGGCGGAAUCUGCCAAACAAGACGACGCAAGGGGCCACUCCAUGCGCUUUCUUUUUCCAACGUUCAAGCAUACGUCCAUCCUAGUCAUCGACUAACCGUGUGCGGAGGCGGCGUGAGAUUCGAACCGAUGUGGCUGUUUUCCCUUCAGGCUCUAGACGGAUCACCUGCUCUCCUGACGUCUUUUCCUAGUGAAAGCGGUUGUGGUCCUUUGCAUACCACGCCG